CCAGGCGUUAGUAAUACGGUCAGAAGUCGAUCGAAAAUGUUCGCAUCGCCGUCUUACUCGUUUUGUCGAGCGUUAAUAUUGUUAAUUAUAUCAUUGCGGGCACGAUGUAAUCGCAUCGGCGUGAACGAAGAGGCGAUCGCCAGAUUGGACGAAAUGUUAGCGAAAAAUUUUAACGCCGAUACGUACCUCAGGAAGGCCAUUGACGAGUCGCAAAAAUGGCAGGAGUACAAAUUUGGAACUGGAGUCGGUAAUCGCGAAGAAUUGAUCGUCACGGACAUAACAAUUUUCGAAGAUGAAUCGAUUGCCGAAAAAAGUCGAGUAAUAAAAUGGAAAUUUUCACCCGGAUCUCAAUACGGAAUUAUGGCUGGUCUGAUCGACGAAUCUACCAUCGUUGUUCGUCUGCAUCGUAAUCGGGACGGUAUCGUGAUAAAUGAUUUUUUUCUGACGGUCGUCGGCACAAUUGUAGACUUUAAAAUAGCAAGUCUGACGAUGCCGGACCUCCGGGAAGUUAUCGUCGCGAUUCUGUGCGUCGAAGUCGGACCGGAGACCAAAUUACUCUGGUAUUUCAAUUCUGAAAAUAAGCUGGAAUUGAAGUGGACUACCCAGGUCAUAAGAAACGUUGAGAAGUUGGAACUGUUUCAACGUAAUUAUCAAAAUAAAUUAUUGAUACUAAACGAACCGUUCAAAUACAAUCGCGAAAGUUAUUCAGCCGUAGAAGUCUACGAAUUUGAAUUCCUGGACGACACCUUCGAUAUUUGGCUUUGCCAAAGGAUGUGGUUGCCCGUGGUAUCUAGUUUGCAAAUUUGCUCGAUACGUGAAAGCACUUUUCUCAACGUUCGAACGGAGGACAAAAUAUUGUUCUACGAAUUCGUAGAGAAAGAAGCUAACCAAGGAUUGUUCAAAUUAUCCCAAACCAUUCCAUCAAAUGGUUCAAAGAGUUCAACGUGCUUCGAAAACGGAUAUUCGGAGUACUUGAUAAUCUCGGGUCAACAACCGGCGUUAUAUUAUUUCGACGAUAAUGAAUUUCUCUACGACGCGAGAACCGCAAAAUUAUUCAACGAUUUACAAUUCGGUCAAACUAUUUGGGCAGAAUGUUUGCCGGUUGAUACGUACAGAGAAGAAUGCCUCCUGGUAAUCCAGUUGAAGAAUCUGACGAUCGUUGGAUUAGCCUGGCAGGGGGAAAUAUUCAAAGUUGUAAAUUUUCCCCCGACGAAUAUCGGUGAUUUUCGAUUAUCGAAUAUAACUCCUCUACCGAAAUAUGGAUUUCUCUGCGAUAACAAAAUCGUCCGACUCCGAACUGAACUGCGAGAUCUGGAGCAUCCCGAAUACCUCGAAUUCAAAAAAAUUACAGAACUUAAGAAUUUAUUGGAGGAGACCUUUCUCAAGCAGAAAAUUGUCUUGAGAGAAACGGAAAGAAAAAUUGAAAACAGUUAUCUGAAAAAUCCGGCUAUUACCGGGACCUGGAACAUCUCCGAUGUUGUAGCAAAAAGUGCAAAAAUACGACCCGAAGUUUCGGUGAAUUCGGUCACGGUGGGUUCUAAAUUAUUCACCACCGCUGAUCAGUUGGCAAACUUGACCGUACUUGAGGAAGAGUUGGAAAAAUUUGACGAUAAAAUCGCAACGAUAAGACUGAUUUUGAGGAACGCCUUGCGCGUCGAUUCGGAAGAGGUUCAUUUGAAAAAUGGUAUCCUAUUGGACGGUGGUAUAGAAGUGCUCGGAACCCUCUACGUGAAUAACUUGACGUUGGAUUCGUUGAAUGGUUUCUCCGUGGCGGAUAUAUCAAAUGAUUUUGUCAAACGCGACGAAACGGCCCUCGUAAAGGGCCUCAAGUCAUUCCCUUCGGUCGAAGCGGAUCGCGUUAACGUCGUUAAAAUUAACGGGGUUCCUAAGGAGGAAAUAGUGUUCAAUACCGAAAACGUGAAUUACGAAUACCCGGACUUUGAGAACUUGAAUCAUUUGGUGGUAAACGGAAGCUUGCACUUUACGAGCAUCAACGGAUUCGACUGGAAGGAUUUGACGGAGGUGAUCGUUUGGAAAAAUAGCCCGAAAGAAAUUCCUGGCACUACGGUAGUUCGCGGAGAAAUCAUCGCCGAUUCGAUUUACACCCCGAUGUUGAACGGGCUCAAAUAUCCGGAUGAUUACGUGCAACAAAACGGUAAAAGUCGGGCGGAAAUCACUGGAAUGAAAACCUUCGCCGAUCUCAAAGUUACGAACUUGAAGGGGAUCAGGAGAAUAAAUGGGAUACCUUUCGAAGAUUUCGUAACUUUGAACAGCGAACAAAAUUUGACGAACAAAAUAACUUUCGAAAAUCUCAGAGUGGAGGAAAAUUUGCGGAUCGACGGACGUAUAAUCGGAAUAAAAGAAGAACCUGAAAAAAAACGAUUGACGCUAAGCGAUACCAAUACAAUUACAGAGGAUACGAUGUUCGACAAUUUGUACGUGAAUGGCAAAUUAUUCGUCGAAAAUUCAUUGAACGGUAAAACGAAGGCCGAUUUCGACGCCAUAGUUCUGAAAAGCGAUAAAACGGCCGUGAUUACCGGGCAUAAAACUUUUCUGGGUAACGUCGCGAUCGACAGGCAUGUAAUCGUUAUGUCAAAAAAAUUCAACGGACAUCCGAUCGACGAAAUCGCCACCUUGGACGGCGAACAAAUAUUUCCUCAUCUCGAGAAAAUAUCGACGCCGGUCACCUUCGGCGAAAUAAGCUACAAACAGUACAGAGAUUUGGAAAAUUACUUCGGCCAAAUGCUCACCGAUGGCGAGUACGCCGAGUGUUCGAUGAAAAAAUUGGUCUUCGGGGUGCCGCCCCUGUUGGAGAGCAUCAGAUUCGACACGUUGAACGACUACUUGACGCUCUCGGAAUUCAACGCGAGGUAUUCGAAUGUUCUGAAAUUCGUGAGUUAUGAAAAUUUGGAAGCUAAGGUCGUGUACGCGGGAACGGUGAACCCGGACCACGUCAACGGCGUGCUCUUUUCCGACUUCGAUGAUCGCCGAGUUUCGAUAUCACGUCCUCAAGUUCUGUGGGGCAAUUACACGGUGAAAAAACUGAAAUCUCGAGUAUUGAAAACGGAGUACAUCAACGGCAUCUCGUUGAACGACCUCGAAAAAUUCAGAGCCGAUUUCGAGGACUUAUUCGAUCGUAUAUGGAACGGAAGAAUGACGAUCGACACUUUCGUCGUCACUGGCAAAGUCCUGACGAAUAAAAUCAACGGGAUAUCGCUGUCCGACAUACUGUUCGCGCGCAGCGAUCUGAGAAACAUCGUCGUAGACGACGGACUUUACGUGAAAAAUUUGAUAGUCCACGGCUCGGUGAACGGGUUGAAUUUCACCCGCUACGUUUCGGACUCCGUACUCAGAACGGAGGACCGCAUCGUUGUGGCCGGAGAAAAAUAUUUCAACAAUUUAAACUGCCGGGUUCUGAGAGUGGGAUUCGUGAACGGGAAUCCGGUAGCGAAUAUCCUUCAUUCGGGUUAUCAUCAGACUUUGAGUGGGCCGGUGAUCGUAAGAGGAGACGUUACCGUGACGAAUUCUUUCGUUGCCGAUGGGAAAAUAAACGACGUCGUUUACUCGGAGCUGAGGGAACGAUUUUGGAUAACGGACGGUGAACUUAUCGAGCUGCGAGGAGACUUCGAGAUUCCCGAAAAAGUAAGGAUAAAAAAUUUGACGAUCACCGGCUCCGUCCAAGGCGUCGAUUUCUCCGGUUUCUUGGCCGACGUCGUCUUCCGCAACGACGAUAUAUACAUUUCCGGAUCGAAGGUCUUCCGAAAUUCCGUCACCUUCAAGGAAAACCUGACCAUCGUCAACGAGUACAACUCCGUCGAUCUGACCGACUUCAAUCAAAAAGCCGUCCGCGUCGAUAACGACAUCUUCAUCGAUUGCAUGGUUGUCUUUAAGGACGAUUUAACGCUAGCAGGAGAUUUGACGGUCCUCGACAAAUUGUACGCUAGAAGUGUGGCGCAAGUUAAUAUCGAGGAGUUGAAAUCCACUGCGAUAUUUUUGAACCGGAGUUCCUACGUCGAAGGAACCUUGACAUUCGCGAACGCGAUAUUCGAGUCCGAUAUCAGGGUUGAUUACUUGAACGACGUCGAUUUGAGGGACGUGAUAUCGUUGAAAGAAGAUGGUACAAUUUCCAAGCCGCUGACAUUCGUCAACGUGGCAAUCCAUGUCCUGAAUCUAACGGGGACCGUAAAUGGACACAGACUAGACCAAAUAUUUGACAACACUUUCACGCUCUCUACCAACCAAACGAUUACCGGCAAUUUGAUAUUUCACGGGACGGUCAGAAUUGAGAGUGAUUUCAAUCCAAGGUCAUUGAAUGACGUCGACAGUUCGCGGAUGAUUCCGUUGGACAGCGAAGUUUUGACGGGUAAUCUCCGAUUUACGAGAACUUUGAAAUUGUCGGAAAAUCUUCGGCUGUUCGGAACCGUUAACGGCGUCGAUCUCGUCACCUGGGAAAGCGAGGCAGUUUACAGAGAAUUUCCGCAGAAACAAUCGGUAUCGGGUGACUGGAUAAUUCAGGGAAACGUUACUUUCGAAAAAGACGUCGGCGGUGGUGCGUUUCUCAACGAUAUCAACGUUCAAAGAUUGGCAGACGAAUUGGAAAAGAGGAAUUUCAUGAUGAAUUCCAUUGUGACCAAUCUCAAGAUGGAUCUGGAAAGCACUUGCCAGGAUUUGAGACCCUUGCAAGCUUUUGCUAAGAAUCAGGUGUACAGAUUUAAAUUUUUCGAGUACUUCCAAGGGCUCGAAUUCGACUUACCCAUCAAAAGUGCUCGUCACGUGGAAACGGAAAACGAUGAAUUUUUGCUGAUCAAUUUGGAUCAGUGCUAUUUGAACAUCUUCAAUUACAACGGAUCUGGGAUGAUCCUACUUUCGAGUGUACAAAAUUUUGACGAGGUUGAAAAAUGGAUCACGUUGAAGUACAUGGAACGGGUUUACCUUCUUACCAUGGGAAGCGGAAAUUGCGGCAGGAGUAUCGGAAAUUUGUGGAAAUUCGAGGGAACGACGCUGACCCCUAUUCUGGAUCUCGGUAACGUCGUCGACGCGAAAAAAAUCGACGAUCACACGUUCCUCGUUAUUUCUGCGGAGGAUAAAUUGGAAAAGUGGUCGAUCGGAGCUCGCGAAAGCUUGAACACGUAUUUCAAGACGAACAAACUUAUGCGCUUCAUUCCCGACACCGAGAGUAUAUUGAUCCACGACGGCAAUUACGUCCACGAAAUCGAUCCUCGAUAUCUGAAUCACACCACUUCGAUCAAUAGGUUUGGAAACGGCGUGAUUUUCGGUUUUCGCGCUGGAAUAUUUAGGAAGGAAAUGUUUUUGUAUUACGACCGAGAAGUCAGCGAGGAUAACGCGUUCAUACUCGAUGGAUUGAGGGACAGGAAGAUCCGCCAGUCUAUACCGACUCACAAUCCUAACUCGUUUUACGUUCUAAAUUUCUACGGUUUUAUCGAAACGUUCGUAACGUUUGUUAAGAAUGGCCGAAGUUUGGAAAUUUUCGAAUACAAGGGUAUCGAGGGUUUCGUCUACAGAGAAAGCAUAAAAAUGCCAAUCGAUAAGACCUUCGGUUUCAAAAUAAAGAAACGCUAUGGAUUGAUGAAGACAAAUUUCGUCGGCGCGAUCCAUCGGAACACACUGAAUAUCUUGGAGGCGAAAAUGUACGGUGAAAAAUUGGACGUAGAUCAUUUAAUUUGUGAAAAUUGAAGCCGAACACGAACGCCUUCGGCCAUCUUGUAAUGUAUCCGUUAACUAUUUAUUUAUAAUAUAAUCUAAUAUAUUUUGUAAUUC